CGGCUGGGAAUGACGCACCAACAGGUUGCACGCCUAGCAACCUCCCAGUCCCGCCUGCCGUGCACAUCCAUUUGGGAUCACCACCUUCACUGAUUCGCUGCCCAGCGUGUUGGGAAACAGAUCACUUAGGCGGCCACCUAACUGGCUGGUUCCGGGUCGCAGCUCCAUACCUUAGGUAUCCAGCUGCCCAAACACGCACCACUAUGCGAAGCAACUGAAAGCACCAACCCACCCACGAUGGCGCUCGAUCCGUCCAACGGCUUCGCGGCAGCCGACGCCGUCGCGAAUCUCGACCACGCCGCGCUGCCAAUUUUCGACGUCCUGCCCGUGCAGCUUCGGUUCUCCAUCGCCGCCGACUUUGUCGCGGGCCAGGCCGCUAACAAUGUCCUCGUCAUCGCCCUCCUCAACGGCCGCAUCCUCCGCAUCGACCUCAACAGGCCCGAGGACAUCGAUGACAUCGACCUCCCCAAGAAGCCCUCGGAAACCGGCGUGAUCCGGCGCAUGUUCCUCGACCCGACCGCGUCGCACCUGCUUAUCUGCACAACCCUCGGCGAGAACUACUACCUGCACUCGCAGUCGCGCCAGCCGCGUCCGCUUGCCCGCCUGCGCGGCGUCACCAUCGAGUCGGUCGCCUGGAGCCCCGCCCUCCCGACCUCGUCGACGCGCGAGAUCCUGAUCGGCGCCGCCGACGGGAACAUUUACGAGGCCUUUAUCGAGACGUCAACCGAGUUCUACAGGAAGGAGGACAAGUAUGUCAAGCUAUUGCAAAAGCUGCCCGACGGGCCGAUCACGGGCCUGUGGGCGGACUCUCUGUCUGCCGGCCCGGGCGCUCUCGGCCCCGGCGGGACGGCACAGAAGCACCACAGUUACCAACAGCAGCAGCAGCAUGAUGUGCGGAGGGUGUUGGUUGCCACGCAAACCAGGCUGCUGCAUUUCACGGGCAAGGUCGGGAAGGGCCAUGACGGCAGUGCAUCCAUCUACUCGAGGCUAUUUGAAGGCGAGCAGCCAGUUAUCCACGAGCUGAACAGGGCGUCGGCCGCGGCCGCGUCCAUGCUGGUGGUUUCGCCGGACGCGGAGGAGGUGCCGCGCUUCAGGGCCGAUGUGGAGGUGACCGAGAGGGCGUUUGCCUGGCUGACAUCGCACGGCGUGUUUCACGGGAAGCUGCUGAUGGGUGGGAGCAGUGCGGAGCUGGGUAACAGGGUGUUUGCCGAGGCCAAGCUGAUUCCCAGGGCUCAGCUGGCGAGUCCCGAAACCGCGGCGAAGAAGCAGGUGUCGACCGAGUACAUCGACGCGAUUGCGCUGACCCAAUGGCACGUUGUCUGCCUAAUCGGGACGCGUGUCGUGGUGGCCAACCGGCUGACGGGGUCGAUCGUCUACGACCAGACUAUCUUGGAUCCCGGGGAGAAGGCCGUUGGGUUGUGCGUGGAUCUACAGAAGAACACGUUCUGGCUGUUCACGCCCAGGGAGAUCUUCGAGAUUGUCCCACACGACGAGGAUCGGGAUAUCUGGAAGAUCAUGUUGCAGAUGCAGCAGUUCGACGCUGCGCUGCAGUAUGCUCACACCCCUGCGCAGAAAGACGCCGUUGCCAUCGCCACGGGAGACUAUCUCGUCAGUAAGGGGCAGCACAGCGAGGCUGCCAGUGUGUACGGCAAGAGCAGCAAGCCCUUCGAGGAGGUGGCGCUCACGUUCAUCGACAACGACCAGCCAGACGCCCUUCGCAAGUAUCUCUUGACGAAGCUGAGUGCGUACAAGAAGACGGCCGUCAUGCAGCGGGCCAUGAUCGCGGUGUGGCUGGUGGAGGUGUUCAUGGCCAAGCUGAACUCCCUGGACGACACCAUCGUCACGGGGGCGGAACUGUCCGACACGCUGAAUCCGGCCCAGACGAGGGAGCAGCUUGACGCGGUCCGAGCCGAGUUCCAGGAUUUCGUCAACAAGCACAAGUCGGACCUAGACCAGAGGACGGUCUACGAUGUCAUCAGCAGCCACGGGCGCGAGGAGGAGCUUCUCUAUUAUGCCAGCGCCAUCAACGAUUACAACUAUGUCCUCUCCUACUGGGUCCAGAGAGAACGGUGGUCGGAGGCGCUCAGAGUGCUGAAGAAGCAGACGGACCCCGAGGUCUUCUACCGCUACAGCAGCGUGCUCAUGACGCACGCGGCGACGGAGAUGGUCGAUGUCCUGAUGCGGCAGAGCAACCUCAACCCCCGGAGCCUCAUUCCCGCGAUGCUCGAGUACGACCGGAACUACAAGGGGCCGCUGGCGCAGAACCAAGCCGUCCGGUACCUCCAGUACGUCGUCAACCAGCUCGGCUCGGCGGACUCGGCGGUGCACAACACGCUCGUCUCCAUCUACGCCUCCCACCCGUCCAAGGACGAAUCCGCCCUCCUCUCCUACCUCGAGUCGCAGGGCGACGAGCCCAAGUACGACCAGGACUUUGCCCUCCGCCUCUGCAUCCAACACCGCCGCGUGCUCUCGUGCGCGCGCAUCUACACCAGCAUGGGUCAGUACGUGCAGGCCGUCGACCUGGCCCUCUCCCACGACGAGAUCGAGCUCGCCUCCAUCAUCGCCGACCGGCCCAUGUCCAACCCGGCGCUGCGCAAGAAGCUCUGGCUGGCGGUCGCCAAGAAGGUCAUCUCGCAGCAGUCGGGCGGCAUCAAGACGGCCAUCGACUUCCUCAAGCGCUGCGACCUGCUCAAGAUCGAGGACCUGAUCCCCUUCUUCCCGGACUUUGUCGUCAUCGACGACUUCAAGGAGGAGAUCUGCGCGGCGCUCGAGGACUACAGCCGCAACAUCGACGCGCUGCGGCGCGAGAUGGACGAGUCGAGCCAGACGGCGGCCAACAUCAAGGUCGAUAUCGCCGCGCUCGACCGCCGCUACGCCAUCGUCGAGCCGGGCGAGAAGUGCUACGCCUGCGGCCUGCCGCUGCUCAGCAGGCAGUUCUUUGUGUUUCCGUGCCAGCACGCCUUCCACUCGGACUGCCUCGGCCGGCGCGUGCUGGAGCAGUGCGGCGCGGCCAAGGCCAGGAGGAUCAGGGACUGCCAGGUGCAGAUCAGCAAGGGGCUGGUCAGUGGGGAGAAGAGGGAGGCCAUGGUUGCCGAGCUGGACGCCUUGGUUGCUUCGGCCUGUAUUUUGUGCAGCGAUUACGCGAUACGGAGGAUCAACGAGCCGUUCAUCAAGGAAGGGGAGGAUAUGGAGGAGUGGGCCCUGUAGGAAAGUCUGAUUGCGAGUAAAGGGGUCAUCGGUUUUUGCAUAUUUCAGAAAACGAAGGGGGCGGCGGCAGGGUACGACAAGGAGACAAAAGGUGAUACUCAGCCAUACGACCAGUGCCGAUCUCGUUACGGGCCGCAGUACGACCCAAGUUCCAUCCAGCUCCCCCGAGGCACCCAACGCGCUACAUAUAUACGUAUGUGCAACUGCUUGUGCAUACAUAUAUAACCCUAAUAAGGGCACACGGUGACUCCCAGCGUCGACUUGGUCAGCAUCAGGAUGGACACGAUAACGCCGUACAGGCCCAAGACCUCGGCGAAUAUGAG